AUGUCUGAAACUUAAGACGAUCAGAUAGCUCAAAGUUCGAGUAAUCUAGAUAAAAAUCUUGAAGAGGAGAAAAGUGAUAAAUUCAACAUUGCUAGUCAGCCCCUUUAAUAAAAUAAUGGCUCGAGUGAUGCCUUUUUAGAAAAAUCUUCAUUCAAGGGGAUAUUUAGCUUGAAGAGUAAAAGUCAAAUCGCCAAAGAGAGGUUUAAUCAAAAAGCUCAAGACUACCUUGAAUCUCAUAAGAUGUCAAUAUACUUAUAGGAUGCCAUUAAGAUCAUUCUAGAUCGUAGAGAGGAUAAACCUUUAGAUCUACUGAAUGAAUAAAAAUGCUUUUUGUAAUAAGUUAAAAAGGUUUUUCAUUCAACUCCUUUCUACAAGGUGAUUACUGCUUUGGAUUAUCAUUAAAUGCUUUGCCUAGUUUGCAGUGAUUUUCCAAGAGCCCUCAUGAUUGAUACAGUAAAGACCCUUCCAAUAGCUGGCGCAACUAGCUUCGAUCAAAUUUCAAGUAAAUAAGGGGUAAAAUAUCAAUCCUUUGUAAUUAAUGCAUCUUAUAGUAAGACCUAUUGUUUGAAUAAUAUGAUCUUGACAAACUAUAAGCGGCUAUUGCCGCCGAUUGAAGCAAUUCUAGAAGUCCUAAUAACAAAGACUAAGGCAGAAGACAAAUUAAAAGAUGAACCACUUAUCUUGAGUACUGAUGCAGGGAUGAUAAGAUCAAGGACUUUGAUUAACGAUCUUUAUGAGCCAGUUUUCAACAAGAGAAUCUUUUAAGUGUAUGAUCAACUAAAGGAAAUUGCCUCAGAAUAGACUUCUGCUAGCGUCAAAGAGCAGAUUAAGAGAGCCAAGACAAAGAAGAAGGGAGCAAAGUGA